GAAUUCAACGCAAAUAUGUGGCUUGUCCUCAGAAUUAAAAACAAAGUUACCAGUGCUGCCACCACCAAGCACGCUUUCGCCAUCUUUGACAAAAAGCCGGUCGGUGUUGAGAUAGAAGCAAUAAUGAGGCACUACUCCGGUGGACGAAUGCCUAGGGGAGGGAUGAGGGGGAUGGGAUACAAAGGUCCUGGCGGACUUUUCAGAACAUUUAUACCCCAUAUCCCCUUUGACCUUGCUCAGUGUGAGCCAGCUUUUCCCAGAGUAAAGCCUGCUUCUGAUGAGAAGGCAUUCACAGAUGCUCUCCUGAAGCGCAAUCAAGACCUGAGCCCCACCCCCCAGGAGCAGUCAUCUAUCCUGGCACUGGUGACUAAAAUCAACACUGUUAUGGAUAACCUCAUAGUAUCUCCAGGAGCCUUUGAGGCUGCGCAAUUGGAAGAGGUGCGUCAGGUGGGGUCUCAUAAGAAAGGCACCAUGACACUAGGACACAAUGUGGCAGACAUAGUGGUUAUCUUAAAGACUUUACCAACAAUUGAGGCAGUAACAGUGCUAGGAGGCAAGGUCUUGGAGGAUGUAAAAGCUCAGGAUUCCUCAGAAGUUCUGACCAUGAUGCCAACUGAUACAGGGUUUGAGAUUAGCACACCAGAGGCCACUGUUCGCUGUCUCAUCACCACCAUUCCUCCUAACCUGAAGAAACUAGACCCUGAGUUACAUUUGGAUGGUAAAGUAAUGCAGAGCCACUUGGCUGCCAUAAGACAUGCCAGGUGGUUUGAAGAGAAUGCAUUUCAUUCAAGUGUCAAAGUGUUAAUCCGUCUACUUAAAGAUCUGAGGAAUAGAUUUGAGGGACUAGAGCCCUUGACACCUUGGAUACUGGACUUACUGGGUCAUUAUUCUGUGAUGAACAAUCCAACAAGACAGCCACUGCCAAUUCAUGUAGCUUUUAGGCGUAGCUUACAGCUGUUGGCUGCAGGGUUCUUCCUGCCAGGGUCCGUGGGUAUCACAGAUCCUUGUGAGAAUGGCACAGUCCGCAUACACACAGUGAUGACACUAGAACAACAGGACCAAGUCUGCUACACAGCACAAACGCUACUUCGUGUCCUUGCACAUGGAGGAUUUAAACAGAUACUGGGUCUUGAAGGAAAUUCAAGCAUUGCCACCGAGAUGAGUGUGUGGGAAGGGGUGGUGGUCACACCAUCAGAUAAGGCUUACGAAAAGCCAGAGAAGAAGGAAGGGGAGGAUGAAGAUGAGGAAGGAGAUGAAAGUAUGGAGACACAGGAAUGAUGGAGAGAGUGAGCAGAUUGAACGAAGGGAUUCUGAUACUGGGUCUAGCAGAGAUGAUCUUGGAAAAUGGGGGAAGCUAGUGCUUGUCACAAAAAAAAAAGCAAUUCACCCUCAGCAGAUAAAGGAUCUCUGGAAGAUUUACUAAGGCAUCACAAAGAUAGAUUUGAUCUGAUACCGCUGUAUGCCUCUGGAUUAUAACUUGGUAUCAUUGCCAACUUAAUGAACAUUUGAUUUGAAAAACAGUUUUGUACAAUUGGAUGUAAACUGAUAUCAUGGCAGACAAUUGAACCUGAAUAUUGGUUCUUUUAAUUUGUGUAAAUAGUAGAAUGGCAGGGGGGUUCAAAAUUAAAGUUCGCAAUUUAUAACUGUCGAGAACUGUGACAGAAACCCAUGGGGGCAAUUGUAAAAUGCAUUUACGACACAAGUUAUCUUUAAGUAAUUUUGGUAUAAGUAAUUGUAACUAGAAUCCCCAUUAAUAUAUUAAAAUCUUUGGAUAAACUUGUGCAUCAUUGCAAUAAAUUGCAUGCUUUAGAAAUGUUUUAUAAUAAUGAUCAAAUGCAAAUACUAUUCAAGCUUUGUAAGAUUAAUGAACUUUUGUUUCUUGUUUUUAAGAUAAAGUUGAAAAAAACA